UUGAUUUGCAGUAAUUAAAAAAAUAAUGUUUGACUGCCCAUGAAAGUAUGAUGUUUUAGAUAUUAGAAUGAAAUCUUUUGCAAGCCUUCUUCAGGAUCUUGCCUUGCAAAAUUGUUUUUUAUUCCAAUAGACUGUUUUGGACUAUAUUGUUAAACUAUUUCGUUUACAACGCUGCACUAUUGAUUGAUUUCCAUGGAUGAAAUAAUAUUAAGUUUCGGAGACAGUUUGUUGUAUACGUCAGACUUAUUACUUCUGAAUGAUUCACAAUGGCUGAAUGAUAAGAUAAUCGGAUUCGUUUAUGAGUAUUUUGAAGUCGAACAAUUCAAAAACUCUAAAGACAUCGUUGCCUUCAUGAAUCCUAGUGUGGUGCAAUUGUUGAAAACACUCACAACCGAAGAGGCCUCAGCCAUAAUAGGGCCACAUAAUUUCACUUCGAAAAAACUUGCAUUCAUACCAUUGAAUGAUAACAAUACACUUUAUCCAGGUGGUAUUCAUUGGAGUCUGAUCAUUUGCGACUUUUCGUCAAAAUGUUUUUUUCAUUUUGAUUCUUUAUCUAAUUCAUCAACAUGUUUCAAUAGACAACCUGCUAACCAGCUAUGUAAGCAAUUUGCUGCUUUAUUUGAUUUUCCAAGUGUUACUAUUACUCAAAUGCAAUGUCCUAAACAAACAAAUGGUAAUGACUGUGGUAUGUAUGUAAUUGCAAUAACCGAGUGUUUAUUUGAAUAUUACUUGAAGAAUGAAUCUUUUCAAAAUGGCAGUAUUUUAGAUAAUGUUUGUGCUUCAUAUAUAAAAAAGAAAAGGGCUCAUUGGAAAAAGUUGAUUCAACAGUUGGCUGAACAACAUGCAAGCAGCUAAAAAGCAGCUCAGAAAGGAGAUUAAA